AUGGACUUCGGGGAGAGCGGCUGGAAUCUGUACAACAGGGACUUAAACGAAACAUUCGAAGUUGCAAACGACGUUGACUUCACUCUGAAGCUCCCGAAGAGCUUCUACAGACUGGAUUUGACAGUGGACGAUGCUGUUUCAAAGAUAAACGCAAUGAAACUGUUAUUCGAGGGAUUUUCGUCACUUUUCAUUCAAAAAGAAUUUGAGAAGUUUACAAAUUCACCUUCCAUUGAGAUUUUCUCACAAUCCGAUUCACUCCAAGUCAAUUUGAACGGCAGCUAUGUUCCGAUUGUCUUCAGAUCUCCGACAACUUACAAAUUCGGAAUCGGAACAAAGUCUCUCAAAACAAAAUUGCCAAAAAAUGUUUUUAAUGGCGAAAAAGUGACAUUUGAAUUAGUUGAUGAAAACAUUGUUGAUGAGAUCAGAUUCACUGCAUUCGUCAACACAAACAAAGAUUUCUUCAUGAAGACAUCGAAGAAAAUAGUUUUCGACCAAAUUUGGUGUCAAACAGAAUUUUUUGCCAAUUUUGCCAAUGUAAACUGUCAGAAAUUAGUUAUUGACAACACCAAACAUGUCAGCCUUCUAGACACAAAGGUUGACAGCCUGAAUGUGAAAGGAGACAUUGGAAAAGAAGUUUUCCCCUCUUUGAUUUUAACUGAAAGUGAAGUGAAAUCUGUUCACAUUGAUAUUACUCAGUUUACUGUUUCCAGGAUAUUCCAGAUGUCGUAUCAGCUGAUAAAUGUUUUGUCUGGCUUUGAUAUUUCGUCUUUAGCAGGAAAGGUAACAUUUUCCACGCCAACUGUUACUAUCAACGGAAUUGUCAAAUAUCUUGGCCUGAUUUUCUCUAAACAGUCUCUGUUUGUUGUGCUGAAGAACAGCCAAAGUCCGACAUCUUCUUCGCCAUCAUCUCCGACAAUAAUUUAUACCCCAACAAGUCAGAGAACUCCAUCAAAACAAAAAGGCGGAAAUUUGGCAUUUGUUAUAAUUAUUUGUGGAUCAUUCUUAGUUAUCUUCAUGAUCACUGCUUUGUGCUACUUCUACUACUGCAAGAGGACGAAGAAGUCUGUCUACGAAGGGUCUGAACUGCAGUCAGUUGAAGAUUACAUGUUGAAGGACGAUGUAUCAAUAAAUGUAUAA